GGAAGUGAGCUCAGGCGCACCGGAAAUCCCGCCCGUGCCGCGGCCCUGUGUUUGCGCUGCGGGCAGAGAAAGGAGCGGAGCGCCUGCAGCGGCCCAGCCGAGCCUGCCGCACGACACGGGGCCGAGCCAUGUCUGACCAGGAAGCAAAACCUUCAGCUGAGGACUUAGGAGAUAAGAAAGAAGGGGAGUACAUUAAACUCAAAGUCAUUGGGCAGGACAGCAGUGAAAUUCACUUCAAGGUGAAAAUGACAACACACCUCAAGAAACUCAAAGAAUCAUACUGUCAAAGACAGGGUGUUCCAAUGAAUUCACUCAGGUUUCUCUUCGAGGGUCAGAGGAUUACUGAUAAUCAUACCCCCAAGGAGCUGGGGAUGGAGGAGGAAGAUGUGAUUGAAGUUUAUCAGGAACAGACGGGGGGUCACUCAACAGUUUAGAUCCUUCUGAUUUUCUUCCCCCUUAAUCCUUUUUUAUUUUUAAAUAAUAGUUCUUUUGUAAUGUGGUGUUCAACACUGAAACUGGCACCCCAUCUCUGGGAGUUUACUUUCAAGCGUCUGGUAUUUUGAAUUCUCGUGCUCAUUAUACACUAUUGUUUCUGUUUUCAUUGUGCUGAACUUCUGUGAUCCAGCUGCAACCUUGCUCCCCUCUUCCCUUCUGCCCUCCCCUUUAGGAAUACAUGUACUCACAUGCAUUUGUAUGUUCACUGGGUUCGUGCAUUUCAGGCACGAAGGCUGUAAGAUCUGCCAGGUGGGCGAGUGUUCUUAAUGACUUCCAUAUCUGCCCUGAAGUUUUGAUGUGUGACUGUCUCACUCCUGGACUAUAACUUUCAGUGCGAGAUGAAGUUUUUCAGAGAACUAAACUGUGGAGAAGUUGUGUAUCCAUAACUCAGAGCUAUUUUGCUUAAAUUAUGCUGAUGGCCCAAUGAGGAAGAUCGACGAGUUGGAAAUGGAAAAGCUAGAACUGUUGUCAUCUGUUCCUUGCUCCAGAGAUGGCUUUGCUGAAGACGUGAAAUUGAAAACCCUAAUGAUUUUUAAAUAUUACCAGAAGAGCCCAGAAGCAUUUUAACCUCAUAUAGCAAUUAGUGCGCGCAGGUAUCCAUGCAGGAAUGUUCACAGCAGCCAACUGGUGUUACUUUGACACGCUUGUUUGUACCUUUUGGCCUGGGACGUGGGUUUUGAAUGGACAUUGUCUGUACCAGCUUCAUUUAAAAUAAACAAGAAAACCAAUUUUAUAAACAA